AUGAGGGAUGACACGCUUCAAUCAUCACAAUCAAAAGAGCCCAAUACACAACGAAAACUUAUUCGUUUAAAACAAAAUCUUCCUAAACGACGACGACGAAAUUUAGUUCUCCCAAUAAAUCAUCGUCGUAGUAUCUUAAAAAAUAUUCUUGUUCGUAAUGGCGAUAGUUUAAUUCAUGUUUCCGCAUUCGAUCAUCAUUUACGAUCAAAUAAAGAUCAAAAUUUCAAUGAACAAAAUAUCAUUACAAUCAAUGUAAGUGGAAAUCGUUAUCAAACUCAUUUAUCAACUCUUGAAAACUAUCCGAAUACUUUAUUGGGUAAUAAACAAAAACGGCAUUACUAUUGGAACGAUGAAAAUAAAGAAUAUUUCUUUGAUCGUCAUCGCGCAUGUUUUGAAGCAAUUCUUUAUUAUUAUCAAUCGAAUGGACGUCUUCGUCGACCUGAUUAUGUUCCAUUGGAUACAUUUUUAGAAGAAAUUUCCUUUUUCGAUCUCGGUCCAAAUGCUUUAUCACAAAUUAAUAAAAUGGAAAAUGUUUCAAUUGUCAAAUAUAUCGAUUUACCAAAUUUAUUAUGGCGUCGAUAUAUUUGGUUCUAUUUGGAAUAUCCUCAACAUUCGAUGUUUGCGAAAAUUCUUUAUUUUUUUUCAAUGAUCAUCACUGUUUUAUCGUGUCUUGAAUUAGCAAUUGAAACACUUCCCGAAUACAAUGACAAAUGGAAUAAUUUAUGUUCUAACGAAACUAAUUACACAUAUCCAGAAAAUAAUAUUCCAAUAUGUUCGACAAUAUUUUCUUCACCAUUUUUUAUAAUACAAACAGUUUGUGUAUUUUAUUUUACAAUUGAAUUUCUUUUACGAGUAAUCAGUACACCGUCGUAUUAUCGAUUUGUUCUAUCGAUUUAUAAUUGGAUUGAUUUGGCUGCGAUUAUACCUUAUUUUGUGUUUUUGGGUUUGGCAGUUGCUCAUAAAACAUCGGAUUUAAAUGGAAAUAGUUUGGUUGGAUUGAGAUUACUUCGAAUUUUAAGAUUUUUACGCGUUUUUAAAUUUUAUUUGGUAUUUAGACAAUUGAAAUCAUUGAGAGUACUCAGUUCAACACUGAAAGAAUCCUUUGUGGAUUUUGUAAUAUUGAUUGUCAUUUUAACGCUCGUGGGUUUUCUUUUUGGCUCAGCUGUUUAUUUUGUUGAACAAGAAGAGAAUGGACAAGUUUUUGAUUCGAUUCCAAAAGCUAUUUUUUGGGGAAUUAUCACGAUUACAACUGUUGGAUAUGGUGAUAUGUAUCCGGUGACCGUCGCUGGACGAAUUUUGACAUGUAUGUGCGCUUUUUUUGGUGUGGCAAUUAGUGGAAUGUUGGUGUCAGUUCUUGUUGAUCGUUAUCAACGUGUUUAUAAUCGAAAAAUGUUCUUUCCUGAACAAAUUUUAUCAGCAAUUGAUGAAUCAAGUACUGAACAGGAUGAAAAACAAGAAUUUAUUAAUAAAAGAUUAAGUAAAGUACCACGAAAUACACUUUUUAGUACGAUAAUUCCUCCAGUAACUCCAAGACCUUCUGUUGUUUCAUCAAUCGAUUAUAAAAACUAUCUCGAUUCGAAGAAACUUUCGUCAUAUAAGAUUCAAUUUGUUAUAUCGAUUUAUGAAAGUGAAGGAAAAUCGUUGGACAACUAUUCGAUGGAUUUAAUAGAAGAAUUAAAAGAAAUCGUUCAAAAUCGUGAUUUAAAUAUUCAUUUGAAGUUAAUUAAUCCCAGAGCAAAUUUUCCGGAUAAAAGUCCGAUUCUAACAACCGACAAAUUAUCUCAUAUUUCUGAAGAAUAG